CAUAUUUAUUUCUAAAUCAAAUGGGAUUUGAUUGAAUUGUAUUUCUAAAAUUACUAAACCUCAAUCGGGAGCUUCUUUAUAGUAUACACUUAAGAAAGUAGAGAGGGACAACAUUAAUUGAUAUGAUAAAGUUAUUUUCCUUAAAACAACAGCAAAAGAAAGAGGAGGGCGAUGGACCGGCAAAAUCUGGUGGUCAGAAGAGAGCAUCCGCUGCUCAAUUGCGGAUAACAAAAGACAUCAAUGAGUUGAACCUGCCAAAGACAUGUCACAUGGACUUCCCAGAUCCUGAUGAUCUUCUCAACUUUAAACUGUCCAUUUCACCAGAUGAGGGUUUUUAUAGAGGAGGGAAAUUCACCUUUAACUUUAAGGUCGGACAGGGUUAUCCUCACGAAGCCCCAAAAGUGAAGUGUGAAACUAUGGUAUAUCACCCAAAUAUAGACCUUGAUGGGAAUGUAUGCUUAAAUAUAUUAAGAGAGGACUGGAAACCAGUACUCACAAUAAACUCAAUUAUAUAUGGUCUGCAGUACUUAUUCUUGGAGCCUAAUCCUGAAGACCCCUUGAACAAAGAUGCUGCCGAAGUAUUACAAAACAAUAGACGGAUAUUUGAACAGAACGUUAACAAAUCAAUGCGAGGUGGAUAUGUAGGUUCAACAUACUUUGAGAGGUGUCUCAAAUGAUCCUUUAAACAGACUCAGAAAAGUGGAAUAUCUUAGCUUUUUGAUGGAAAGAACAGUGUUACUCCAUUAUGGGUGUGACAUAUUCCUAUUUAUAAGUAUCAUACUGUCAAUCUCUCAGUUUGAUUCACUAUUUAGAAAAUAUAAAUCUUAAGCCUUGUAAAAAGACCUAAUUUGGGCACAGUUUACUGCCUAUAACGGAUGUCAAUUUGAAGUCAUUUUUCGAAUGCUGUUUAUAAGACAAAGUGAGAAAUUAAAUACUAGGGAAAUGACAAAUGCGAUCCUGAAGAGGGGUAAAUUUCAAUGAAAAUAUGCACUAUCACAAUCGUCUCUCCAUUUGCUUC